CUCCGCGUCUUAGGACGUUUUAUAGGUAUCCACAGCGGACACUGCCUCACCUGCUUGCUUCAUAAGCAGGGAGGGGGGUUGCAUGAUGCUAGUUGGAUGUUGAGGCACUCGGCUACUUUAAAGAUUACCCAUCUUCGCCCGGCAUCAGUCGUUCCGACUCGACAGCAAGUCUUCGGCGACAUCCACGAAUACGCCAUGACGGCAACCACAGCCGAAAGGCCCACGAAGCGUUCGCCCCUGCUCCUCAUCACGGCUUUUGCUGGCGAAGGGCAUGCGAUCCCUCUCCUCGCUAUCGCAUCAUACCUUGUCAAAAAGCGUUACGAGGUUGUCUUUAUUUCACCGCCAAACUUCCGGCACAGAGUCGAAGAAGCCGGGGCCGAGUGGGUCUGUACGGACAAUCCUUUCACCCCAGAACUUUUCCGGAGUCUAGCCGAGACGGCUUCCUUGCCUUUCGGGCCGGAGCGUUUCGCUGUUGAAAUCAGGAAAGUUUUCAUGGAUACGCUCCCCUCCCGGGCGCGGAAAACAGCCGAAGUCCUGGCCCUGCUGAAAGCAAGGGACCCUCACCGCCAGAUCAUUGUCAUCGAGGAUGCCCUCAACUGGUCCUUCUUGCCUCUCAAGUAUGGAAUGCCUUUGCCCAAGGGCUUAACGGAAAUCCCGAGAAGCAUAGGCAUUGGCGUUGCCGCUCUCCUCCUGGAGAGUCGGGAUACCGGGCCAGCUCCAUACGGAUUACCACCCGAUUCCACCCACUCGGGUCGGCUAAGGAACGCAAUUCUUCAAGACUUGGUUGAGAAAGGGCCGCUGAAGCCUGCGCUAGACGGUUUGCAGGAGGCAAUGGAGACACUGGGCUGCACAAACAUCCCGACCAAACGCAUCUUCAGAUGUGCCUACACAGCCCACGAUGUGAUGCUACAACUUUGUCCCCCGAGCCUCGAAUACCCAGUUUCCGACCUGCCGCCGUCAGUCGAGUUCAUUGGCGUGCUGCCGCGCAAGACACCAAGUCCAGACUUCCGAUACCCCGCUUGGUGGUCCGAGGUCGAGAGAACACAACGGGACAACAGAUACCGCCAUGUCGUUUUCGUAUCCCAGGGCACGGUCGCCUCAGACUACACCGAACUCGCGUUGCCCACUAUCGAAGCCUUUGGCAACAGGCGUGACGUUCUUGUCGUUGUGGCUCUCGGGACUCGUGGCGCCCAGCUUCCUUCAGAGGUCAUGAUUCCUCCCAACGUUCGGGUUCUGGAUUACAUGCCUUAUGACACCAUCCUUGAAUACACCGAUGUCUUUGUCUCGAACGGCGGGUACGGCGCCUUAACCCACGCUGUGCGCAACGGCGUCCCCGUGGUUCUUGCCGGCGAGAGCCAGGAGAAGAGCGAGGUGGCCAUGCGUGCCGUGUAUGCUGGUAUUGGCGUGAGCCUCGCCACACAGAGACCGACGGCAGAGCAGAUCCGGAAGGGCACCGAAGAGGUCUUGCGAGAUACGAAGUACAAAAAAGCCGCGAUGAAGCUGAAAAGCGAGGGCGAUAGUAUGGACGCUCUGGCUACGGUGGAAGCAAAGGUGAAGGAGAUGACUCAAUGAAGCCAGCAAUGAGAAACCAAGAUGGACUCUAACCAUUUUCUUUUGACAAUCUCUCAACUCGGUGCGCUACACUAUUUUGCUCUUCUAGAUGUAUAAUAAGCUGCCCGUCGUCUUCGAAUGCAGAAUGCUUGGGCUCGAACAUGUUCCCGAUGGCAUUUGGCUGUGGCAGCUAAAACCCC